AUGUCUAUUCCUGAGUUAGAUUACACAGAUGUCCUCUCCCAGGCCGCAAAGUCAACAAAAAAGAAGCUUGUUCUCCUUGACUAUGAUGGCACACUCACCACAACCCAUAAGCUACCCGAGUUUGCUAAGCCCUCCCAAACUGUUCUCGAUCAUCUCAAGACACUUGCUUCCCAGCCAGACACAUAUGUUUACAUUCUCUCCGGACGUGGGCGUCAUCAUCUUGACGAGUGGUUUGCUUCCACUGGUGUUGGUCUCUCUGCUGAGCACGGCUGCUUCUACAAACAUCCAGCAAAUAUUCACAACAAAUGGUACUGUCUGGUUGAGCAGGUAGACCCUAGCUGGAAAGAAACAAUCCGACCACUGUUUCAACAUUACACUGAGCGUACCCCCGGAUCUUUCAUCGAAGAAAAGGAAAUCAACUUAACAUGGCACUACCGCAAUGCUGACCCUGAGUUCGGAAGUUGGCAGGCAACUGAGCUCCAGGUAAAUCUUGAAAAGUUGCUCAGUCAUAUGGCCCUUUCUAUUGUUCUCGGUAACAAGACUCUCGAGCUCCGCCCCUCCUCUAUUGACAAGUCUACCGCCGUCCGCAGCAUUCUCAAGGACCUUCAAUUGCCUAGCCUGGACUUCAUUCUUUGUAUUGGAGAUGGAAAGACAGAUGAAGUCGUAUUCUCUCUUUUGAAUGAAAUCCCCCAUGCCAUCACCAGUACUGUCGGUAAGAAGCAAACUGAGGCGCAGUAUUAUAUCCCAACUGUCGACAAGGUGAACAAGCUGGUUGAGGAUCUUGGAAAAUUGUAA